GGCCCAACCUGCCUAACGGCUAAGGGCACUCACCGAAGACAGGCAAUGGUCUUCGGGUGAUGUGUGAGUGUAGCAGGUCGGGCCAGAGAGAGAGCCGAGCGGCGAAGUGCAUUAUUAUACGGUAGGCUAUCGCACGGGCAACAAGAGGAGAUAGAUAAAAGGCAUAUUCCAUAUACUCAGAAAGACGAAAGUGUACUAUAUUCGAUAGAAGGGUGGCGAUAUCACAACAGUGGCGACGAGUUUAGUUAAAUUGUUUUAUUUAUUGAACUGUUUUUAUCGAACCGAACGCAGAGUUAAUUUAUUUUGUUUCGUUUUAACGUAUUAUUUAUUCAAAGUGUGUCGGCCGUAUACGCGUCAAGUCGUUAUUUUAUUUUUUUUUAUUAAUCGUUUGUGAAUCGCGCCAAAAGAAAUCGGUACAAUUUCGCGUAAGCGUAGAAGGAUGCUAAACCCGGACGAGAUGAUGGAGGAGGAAGAGCAUCGCCGCUUAUCCCAAAAUUGGGGUGGAAAUGCAGUUUUUGGUAAUGGGCAGCAGCAGCCAUCGCAGAGCAACGUAGCGUUACCAGCUCAACCACCAUUGCAAAAUGUAGUCGGGGCGCCAUCGCAGCAAGGUGCAUCGACCUCGGGGCAAGACGCCGGGAUGCUAUCGCAAAUGCUGAAAUUAUUGCAACAGCAAAUGAACCAGCAACAGCAGCUUAUGGCGCAAAUGUUGAAAUACCAACAGCAAUCCGUCCCGCAGCCUUCGCAACCUAGUUUGAUACCGACUAAUCCUGAGCUUAUAAUUGAUGCGUUGGCGAGCAACAUAAGCGAAUUUAGAUACGAGGCUGAAUCUGGAGCAACGUUUAAGGCCUGGUACGAGCGUUACGAGGACUUAUUUUUGAGGGACGCUUCCCGACUCGACGAUGGGGCGAAAGUACGGCUCCUUGGGCGUAAGUUGGGCACGGCAGAACACGCUCGUUUCACCAGUUUUAUACUACCUCGCGCGCCUCGUGAACUAACAUUUGACGAAACGGUUGCAAAGCUAACGGCCCUUUUUGGUAGAACGGAAUCCUUACUCAGCAAACGUUACAAGUGCAUGCAGAUAACCAAAGCACCCCGGGAAGAUCUGCUCACGUUUUCUUGCCGCGUAAACCGUGCCUGUGUCGACUUUGAGUUUGCCGGAAUGAACGAGGAGCAAUUCAAGUGCCUUAUCCUUGUUUGCGGACUCAAAGAAGAAGUCGAUAGUGACAUGCGCAACCGGUUAUUAGCCCGUAUCGAGGAGAAACAUGAUGUGACGUUGGAGCAGUUAUCAGCAGAAUGCCAGCGUAUCACCAAUAUAAAAGUGGAUAGUGCAUUAAUUGCCAACGAAUCAGGAGAACGGGUCCUUGCAGUUAACAGCGGUGGCUAUAGACAAAAACAAUUUCAAUUUAAUCGUCAGCAGUACCAGUCCUACGGUCAACCAACACAGGCGCAUGCACGGGCAAAUGAUAACACCAUGUCAGUACAAAAGCCGUUGAAUGCGUGUUGGUUGUGCAGUGGCCCGCAUUGGAAGCGUGAGUGUCCAUAUAGGUCCCACGAAUGUGCGGAUUGUGGAAGGCUUGGGCAUCGCGAAGGGCACUGUGAAGUCGUCAAUCGAUUCCAGCGGCGUGGAUACAAUAAAAAAGGUACUAAUGUGGCAACGCGCGUCGUGAACAUAAAUGUAUGCGAUGUAGAAGCAAGGCGAAAGUAUGUACAUAUCUUGAUCAACGGAAGACCAACUAAGCUGCAGCUAGACACGGCAUCAGAUAUUACGGUAAUCAGCGAGGGAUUGUGGAAGGAUAUCGGACAGCCAUCUCUGAUAAGGGCUACGGUAAAAGCUAAGGCGGCCUCGCAGGAGUAUCUUGAACUAAUGGGUGAGUUUGAAGCGUUAUUAACCAUUGCUUCUAGGACCCAAAAGGCAGUAGUUCGAGUCGCAUAUGCUAACCUGUUGUUACUAGGAGCAGACGUCGUGGAGUCCUUUUCACUCGGAUCUAUCCCGAUGGACCAUUAUUGUAGUAGCAUCGAUGCGGAAAGUGCAACUCAGAUGACAUGGGAGGAACGUUUUCCAACAGUUUUCCGAGGGAUGGGUCUUUGCACCAAAUCAAGCAUAAAGUUGAAAGUGAAGGAAGGCAGUCGACCCAUAUUUCGUCCCAAGCGGCCGGUGGCAUACGCAAUGCUGAAGACUGUUGAUGAGGAGCUAGAUCGAUUAGAAACCUUGAACGUGAUCACGCCAGUUGAUUAUUCUGAGUGGGCUGCCCCCAUAGUGGUAGUGCGUAAAGCGAACGGGAAAAUUAGGAUCUGCGGUGACUAUUCUACUGGACUGAACGAUCUUCUACAAUCACAUGAGUAUCCACUCCCUUUGCCUGAGGAUAUCUUCGCUAAAUUGUCUAAAUGCCGCAUAUUCAGCAAAAUUGACCUUUCUGAUGCUUUUCUACAGGUCCAAAUCGAUAAAGAGUAUCGCCCGCUGUUGACGAUCAACACCCACCGGGGAUUAUACCACUACAACCGUUUGCCUCCGGGAAUAAAAAUUGCCCCAGCAGCAUUUCAACAGUUGAUCGACACGAUGCUGGCAGGACUGUCAGGAGUUUGUGGUUAUAUGGACGACCUUAUAAUCGGUGGCUUGACAGAUGAAGACCACGAUAAGACUUUGGGUCAAGUACUGAAGCGUAUAGAAGAAUUCGGAUUUACACUACGGGCUGAUAAAUGCGUUUUUAGAAUGUGUCAGAUAAAAUACUUAGGGCAUGUAAUUGAUGGUAGAGGAAUACGCCCUGAUCCGGAAAAGAUAAGCUCCAUACAAAACUUACCGCCACCCACUGACAUCGCAGGAGUUCGUUCUUUUCUUGGAGCUAUAAAUUACUAUGGGAAGUUCAUACCGAUGAUGCGGGAUCUAAGAUUUCCACUCGACAGCCUUUUAAAAGAUGAGAAGCAAUUCAAAUGGACAAAGGAGUGUGAAGCGGCAUUUAUGAAAUUUAAGGAAGUACUAUCAUCAGAACUUUUACUAACACAUUACGAUCCAUCCGCAGAAAUAAUAGUGGCAGCAGACGCCUCAUCCGUUGGAAUCGGAGCCACUCUUAGUCACAAGUUCUCCGACGGUAGCAUCAAAGUUGUGCAACACGCUUCAAGGGCGCUGACAAAGGCGGAAUCCAACUAUAGCCAAAUAGACCGCGAAGGUCUGGCCCUUGUUUAUGCGGUUACAAAAUUUCACAAGAUGUUGUACGGCCGUCAUUUUCGACUCCAAACUGAUCAUCGUCCUUUACUCCGGAUUUUUGGAUCGAAGAAGGGCAUUCCGAUAUACACGGCUAGCAGACUACAGCGAUUUGCCCUCACCAUGCAGUUAUAUGAUUUCACAAUAGAAUAUGUACAAUCCGGAAUGUUUGGAAAUGCAGAUAUCCUUUCGCGACUCAUAAGGAACCACGCAAAGCCCGAAGCCGAAUAUGUGAUUGCCAGCCUAAACCUAGAGGAGGAUUUAAGGUCAGUAGCUAUCAACGCGAUUUCUAAUUCCUCUCCUCUUUGUUUUAGAGAUGUGGAGAGAAGUACGCAAGCGGACCCAUUGCUGCGGAAGGUCUAUCUAUAUAUUCAGGAAGGCUGGCCACGGGAUGCUACUUUUGGUUCAGAGUUGGCACGUUUUCACGUCAGGAGUGAAGCGCUAUCGACCGUCGAAGGGUGCAUCCUCUUUGGCGAAAGAUUAGUGAUACCGGAAGAUCUGCGUGCGCAUUGUCUAGAACAGCUCCAUCGAGGCCACCCAGGCGUUGAACGUAUGAAAUCUCUCGCACGAAGCUACGUGUACUGGCCAAGAUUAGACGACGAAAUAGUGCAGUACGUGGCUGCUUGUGAGGCAUGUGCUGCAGCAGCAAAGUCACCGCCUCAAGCAAAACCGACGCCGUGGCCGAAACCUUCUGGUCCAUGGCAAAGGUUACACGUGGACUAUGCGGGGCCAAUUUUAGGCGACUACUUUCUUGUGGUUGUGGAUGCCUUCUCAAAGUGGCCAGAGAUUGUGAAAACCUCCACAACAACUUCACGGGCCACGGUAGCGAUAUUACGUGGAUUAUUCGCACGCUUUGGCAUGCCCCUGAGUAUUGUCAGUGACAACGGGCCACAAUUUACGAGUCAGGAAUUCAAAAACUUUUGCGAGUGCCAUGGGAUCCGACAAGUAACAACGGCGCCAUUUCACCCGCAAUCCAACGGACAGGCGGAGCGUUUCGUCGACACAUUGAAGCGGGCUCUAAAGAAAAUACAAACGGGAGGCACAUCUAUGGAUGAAGCGUUGGACACAUUCUUGCAGGCGUAUCGCACCACGCCAAACCCAGCGCUUGAGGGGAAUACAACACCGGCGGAAAUCAUCGUUAAGUACCCCGUAAGGACUCACUUGGAGCUAUUACGUCGGCCUCCUGUUGUCGAAGAGGAAACAGAAAUCACCGCUGCAGGGCUCCAGCCAGGAGAUGUUGUUGCAACCAAGAAGUACUACCAAAAUACAUGGAAAUGGAUCUCCGCUGAGGUGCUACGAAGGCUGGGAACGGUGAUGUAUGAGUUAACCAGCCGAGACGGUCGAAUUAUGCGGAGACAUAUAGAUCAGAUCAGGAAACGAUCAGUUAAAGAACCUCAUCAGUUGGUGCAGGAUAGUGAGACGCCCACACAACUGCCCAUCGACAUUCUGUUGGGUGAAUGGAGUUUAACGGUACCGAACGAGCCUUUGCCGCUAAGCAGUACAACGGAGGAAUUGCGCACGGUCCCUUCACCCCAGCCAUUCUCCCCGGCACAGGUUGCACCUUCGGAAAGCAAUCAUCGUAAGAUACGCUCACCUCGCCGUUCGUCUAGGAAUAGAAAGCUUCCGCGAAGGUUCGAUGCGUUCAUACUUUAAAGGGGGAGAUGUUAUGGCCCAACCUGCCUAACGGCUAAGGGCACUCACCGAAGACAGGCAAUGGUCUUCGGGUGAUGUGUGAGUGUAGCAGGUCGGGCCAGAGAGAGAGCCGAGCGGCGAAGUGCAUUAUUAUACGGUAGGCUAUCGCACGGGCAACAAGAGGAGAUAGAUAAA